AUGAUGUCAUUUGCCUAUUAUGACUCUACUCUUGGACAAUACGCAUUUGAAUCAUCCGUCUCUUUUGCAGGAUCCUGUGUUAGCAAUGCCACCAUCUCUACUGUCGUCAUUUUUGGUGUCUCUGAACCUGUAUCCAGUGUAUAUGUUGAUGGCAUUCCAAGUACCGCCUAUACCUAUACCGCUGAAUACCAAUCACUCUCUAUUAAUAACCUUGUCCAAUCAAUCACUUCUACUAAUCUUAUCACUUGGAAUUAA